UAGUAGUAGAGAGAGAGAGAGGUGUUGAUAGCUGUCAUGCGGAGCGACACUCCGCCGUCUUUUAGCAAGGGGGACGUGGAAGCAUCUCUCUCGCGCUCUCUCUCUCUCCCCUCUCUCUCUCGCUGUAUAUACAUACACACACAAUGUACCCACAUACAUAAAAAAGAACCAUGUUUUGUUUUCGGUGCAGCAAGAGUUCGAAAGAAAGAGUCGUCGUGCCCAGGAGCUUCAGGCUACUGGAAGAGCUUGAAAGAGGUGAACGAGGAACUGCAGAUGGAAUGAUUAGCUAUGGAAUGGAUGACACUGAUGAUCUGCACAUGAAGUCUUGGACUGGGACCAUAAUUGGUCCUCCUGAUACUAUUUAUGAUGGGGAUAUUUACGAGGUAAAAAUAUUCUGUGGCAUGGACUAUCCCGAUAAACCACCGAUUGUGAAGUUCGAAACACAAAUUAACUUGACUGUCGUUAACCAGGAAACUGGUUUGGUCGAACCAAGAUUGUUUUCUCUGCUUGCUGAGUGGCAGAGGGAUUACACCAUGGAAGAUAUUUUAAUUGAGCUGAGGGAUGAGAUGCUGUCAUCAAAGAAUCGCAGACUAGCUCAACCUCCAGAAGGAAAUGAUCAGGGAACGAUGGACCCCCAGCGGGUAACAAAAUGUUGUAUCAUGUAAGUUAUGGAAGUUGCACUCCAAAGAUGUGUUACAUAAACUACAUGCACCUGGCUGUUGCAUCUGCAAAACAUGUUGUGUCUGAAUCUUACAUGUUUGUAACUGUAACAAAAACGUAACUAGGCAUGUGUCUUCUCCACCUAUCAGAAUAAAUUGGACUUCAGAUGAAAUGCAUAUUGCUCUCCUGUGUUUUUAGAUGUAAAAGUGUUUCAGCAGAUUUUUUUGGCUAUAUAUGUUAGCAAAAGAUUAUGUUUGCGGGAAGAGAAAACACAAAUAUAUGAAAUUUAGCGCUCGCAUAUAAACAAAAUCCUGAAUGGUAAUUGAGAGGCCCUCGAGUCUUCCCAU